AAUGUUAAUACGCAAACAGUGUCGGGAUUUUAAACGAUUGUGGGAUUAUCAACAAAGAAUUUGUGUAUUUCACUUUUAAUAUACAUGUAUAUGUUGUUAUGACGUAAUUGUGCUGUCACAUUACAGGUGUAAUUUACCCAAAACGAGGCAUGCAAUACACAGCAUGGGGGAAGGAGUUUAAUUAGAAGGUACCCGGUCAUUUGGAAAACGUAAUACACAGUGAAAAUGUUAGUGUAUCGGACAUAAGUAGUGACAGUUUGUUUACAUAAAAUGGCUUCGAGUUCGGUCAGUCAGGAAAGUCUGGACACAGUCGACUAUGAACAGAGUGCUCGGAAAAGUAAAAUCCGGUCUCUGCGGGCGAAAGGUGUCCUUCCACGAAGCAGUGAAAGAGAAGCUGAUCCAAACGAUAAGGAGAAUGGAGAUGAAGGUUUCAGUGGGGAACAUGAAUCUCCCUCUCGUGGUGGGGUGGGUCGGGCAAAAGACAAAAGGACAAGACCCAGUCAUUUGAAAGGAAAGAUGGGUCUAAAAGACAAAAGGAAAUUACGUGAAAAGAGAAGAAGUACAGGUGUUGUACACCUCCAAUCAACAGAGAGCACGGAUGAUACAUUAGACGAUGAGGAUAUAGUGGAAGAGGGAACGGAACUGAAAACGGUAUCAGAAACAAAGAAAAAUACUUCAUAUAAUGAGGCUUUCUCUGUUGAGGGAAGACGACACAGGACCAAUGAUGUGGCUCGUAAGGCAGCAUUGUACAAUGAACGAGUAGAUGAUAAUCAGCCUCAAUCUCCUUCUGAUAGAUUUGGUGGCAGAAGUGCAUAUAAUGCUGUCAGAAAUAAGAGUCCUUCUGAUCUUGAGGCAGAUUUAGAGGAUAACCAGGAUUAUGACAGUACAGUCAGUCAUUCAGAAACCAACUUAUCUGUCAUUGGAAAAUCUGAAUCAACUGAUUCUAACACCUAUAGUCCAAAAACCUCUCGGCCUCCAAAUUCUGUAUAUUCUAGGAUUUCCCCCUCUGAUCCCACCUUGUCGACGUAUAAACCAAGUUCACCAAGAAACAAUCUUCUAUGGGAGUCACCACGCACAAAUAAACAAUCCUCUCCUUCAAGUGAUCAUGACACUAAAACAACUCAUACUGUGUUAAAUCGAUUCCCUUUUGCGGCUAAUCAAAACCAGAACAAAGAUUCUGACCAAUCAAAUAAACCAAAAUCAUUUCCCUCGGUGCUUUCACGAUUUCCACAGUCAAAUCAUGACCAAGAGAACAAGUCACAGUCAAAUAUAGAAAAAGACAGUCAAAAACAGUCAUAUCAUGAUUCCAGUCAGUUUAGAUCCACUUAUCGUGACCUUGAUAGCAAAUCAAGGACACAUGAUGUGGAGACUAAAACUAAAUCUCCACCUUCAUAUCGUAGUAACCAUGGUAACACAGAAAACCAAACAGGAUCUCAUCAUCGUGAAAAGUUCAUUGAGAAUUUGAACAGUUCUAAUCAACGACGAUAUCCUCGACAUAAUUUUGAGGACUCUUCUUCAAAAUUGGACGAGGAAAGAGCAAAGUUCAAAGAGGAAAAGACUAAGUUAGAAAAGAAACUUGAUGAAGAGAGAGAAGAAAACAGACAGUUGAAAUCUAUGUUAGAAACCAGAGAUCAGAAAAUAGUGGAGUUAGAACGAGAAAUUUAUUGUCUGAACAAGGAUCUUGAGGACUUAGACGAGGACUAUCAGAAACUACAAGUAGAGAACCAUGCAUUGAUUAGAACAGUAUCACAGCUUAGCACCAGAGUUUGAUACAAGUUGAGGGACCAGUAGAUAUAUACCAGUUGAGGGACCAGUAUAUAUAUACCAGUUGAGGGACCAGUAGAUAAAUACCAGUUGAGGGACCAAUAGAUAU